GCUCGUGGGGAGUAUGCAUGAUGUCUUCCUUAUCAUCUGCAAGAAUCUCAUCUACACCACUAUCUUCAGUUGUAUUAAGUGCCAGAAGGACAGAAUCCCAUGAUAUUCUUAAUAUUGUCAGUCUUAUGAAAUAUGAUACAGAAAGACUGUUUGGCAGGAUUAAUGUCAUAUAUCUUUUAGAAAAAACUAAUCUUGCAGUGACUGUGAUUAAUGACAAAAAUAUAAGUGUUGCUCAUGCUGCAUUUUUGGAUUAUCCUAACUGGGGUGUUGCUGAUGCAGCUAAUUGGGAAGUAUAUAUGAAACAAAACUAUCCUGAGACAAAGUGUACACCUUUGAAUACACUAUUUAUGCAUCUGUUUGUAGCAACUGAUGAAUAUGCAGUAGAUUGUUGUCACGAAAUUAUGAAGACUGUUUUUAAAACUGUACCAGAAUUACAUUUCGUAUUUCUCUUCAUACCAUUUCAAGAGGAAUUGGGUAUAGAUUUGGCAGCAGCUUUUGAGCCCAUGAGGAAUCCUGUCAGUUCAUCUCUGAUUAUGGAAUAUAGCCUCCAUGUGUCACACAGGCAUCAAUAUUGCCCCCAGUUGUAUAUUCGCUGUGCCAGGGUAGAAGACCACGAUGAUCUCACUCCGAUCUUUUCACGGCAUAAUGAUACUCUAAGGCAGACCUAUGGAGACUAUUUCCUUGCUGAACUGAUAGAAGCUCAAGAUGAAAAUAAUCUUGCUGUGGUUUGUGAGGAUAAUGGCUUAGCAGUGGGGUUCAUGAGUAUAUGUUCUGAAGUGAAUGUUCAGCUGCUUCAUGACUGCUUUGACUUGAAACUUUUCCACGGACUUUGCAAACCACAUCCAGAUGAUAUUCUUAAACCACCAUGCAUUUCAAGUGAAAUUACAGGAGACGAAAACAUUAGCUUAGGAAGUCAAAGAGAAGAGAUUAUGGAUACCCAGAGUAUAGAUAUCCAGAGAACCAGCAAAAUUGGAACCAUCUUUUCCCAAGCUUCAAGUGCAAAUGCAAUGCUAUCAAAAGAAAGUAUUCAGAAGGAUUCUGUUAAUUGGAAUAUUACAGAAUUUCCAAUUGGAAACUCACACAGGCUUCAAAUAAAUGCAGCUGGAAGGUUCACAGUAGUAUAUAGAUAUAAGAUGAUGCAUAUUAGCAGUUAUAUAUCUGUAUUCUACUUUUCAAGACAAAGUCUCAAAGUCUUUUUGAAUAAUAUUGUGGAACUCUAUUAUAAAUUAAACCAAGCUUCUCUUUUUUAUUGUUUCUUAUUGCAGAAAGAGGAAAUACUUGCUCAGGUUUCAUUAGAACUAUCAUUAGAAAGCGCCGGAAGUAAGGAUCUGAAAGCAACUGAACAACCAUCUACUACUAGUUUUGAAAGACAACCUUUCCAUCCUCUAUAUAAAGGAGAAGUAAAUGCCUUUUGUAUUCAGCUCUUUUGUAUUGAUGAGCAGCAUGAAACAAGGUCACUGGAUUUCUUAAAUUUUGUUUUUGAACUUUUCCCAGAUAAAGACUUCUGCAUCAUCACAGUGCCACAUAUGGUCCCUGAAUUUCACCUGAUUCAGAGUUUUGUUAGGAUUAUUCCCUUUAGCAAUUGUACACUGGAUCAGGAGCUAUAUGUAUUUCAUCGUUCUGGAUUGCUCAAGUCUUUUCGUGUAAGAGCAGCAAAAUCUACUGAUGUCUUUGCCAUUAAAAGGCUAAUCCAAACCCUGGAAUUGAACGUAGCCAUAUUGGAUGACCUAAAUAACUACUUAUCAGCACGAAGAGAUCCAGAUGGGACACCAGUUCAGGCAUUUGUAGCAGAGGUUUUGAAUCAAAUUGUUGGAAUAUCUGUUAUUAGAAAUGAAAUGGAUAUCGAAUAUAUUCGCUCACAUUACAACAUUGAAGAUUUUAUCUAUUUCAGUCAUUACCAGCAGGAAGAACAUGGCCACCUUUACCAUUUUUCUAUCAAUCCAAUUUUUCAUCAUUAUGCCAAACAUUUUAUGAAGGAGAUACUUCGGUUAGCCUACAAAUCUUGCCUCUAUUAUCCUAUUUAUCCCCAGCCUGAAGAAGGCAAGUUCCAGAAUCCCUGUGCCCAUUCCCUGACAUCUGCCCUACAUUACAUGGUUCCCGUGCGACCAAGACGACAGAUUGUCUAUCCUCUGGAAAAGCUUGGCAUAAAUGCUCCAUCAAAACAAGUCUCUAAGGAUCAGUUAAAAUAUGCACUGUAUCAUUUCAAUCGGAAGUUGUCCUUGGAGCCUAAGGUAUCUGUCAGUUGUAGAAUAGUAGUUGUUGGAUCAUCAAAUGUUGGCAUCUCCUUCCUGGAGACACUGAUUUUUUGCCCACACCUGAAAUUCAACAACCUUACAUUGAUUUCAACUCAUGGCCUUCCAGGGAAAGGUGAAUCAGAUAAUCUGCAUAAGCGAUUUUUAAUCAACAGUUAUUGUUUUAAUGAGGAUGAUUAUGCACUGAUGUCACUUGGUUCAUGGAUUAAUGUUGUGGCUGGAAAAAUGAUUGCUAUAAACAGAUCUGCAAAACAUGUAAUAAUUUCCAAGGGAAAAAAAGUGCUAUAUGAUCAUCUCAUUCUCUGCACUGGCCAACAGUAUCAGGUCCCAUGUCCUAGUGGUGCAGAUAUCAAAAAAUUGUUAACCAGUAGAGAGGUAUCAACCAAUUAUAAACAAAGGUACACAGGAGUAGUGCCCUCCAAUCUUUUUAUUAUUUCUGAUGAUGAAGAUGCAUUAGCAGCAAUCAAGUGGCUGAAAGAAAAAGUGAUUGAUUCCACAGGGAAUAUUAUUGUCUAUGGGAAUACAAUUGAUGUAUACACCACUAUAGAAUCCCUUUUAUCGUUAGGAAUUAGUGGCUAUUGUAUACACCUUGUGCACCCUCCCUCGAACUCCAAUAUUACUUCUCUCAAUAACAACGCAAUAGAAAGAGCUAUCAAGAAAGCACUGUCCAGGUCUGGUGUAACUGAACACCAUGAUAGUCUAUUGGCUCAGUGGAAUGAUGGCGAUCACCCAGAUCCAAUCACAUGUGCAUCUUUCACUACUAAUACAAAGGCAUUUAAGUUGCAAUGUUCUGCAUUCUUUAACUUUACCAAAAGAAAAGUGGAUUAUGAGACUUUCAAAGCAGUUAAUGAUGCAUGCCUUGUCUAUGAUGGGAGGCUUGUGAUUGAUACCAACUUCCAUACUAAUGAUGUGAGCAUCAGAGCUGCAGGUCCUUUAACCAAAUUUUCCAAUAUCUACUAUGCUAAUGAAUGGACACACAGCAAUUUCAGCUCAAAAGAGAUUGGAUUUCAGCUUGCUGCAACCAUGCUGAAUCUUUUUGAUCCAACUCUAGAGCCAAUUUUUGAACCUCCAGAAGAUUUAGAUAGACUAAUUCCUAUGUACAAGGGAAGCAAAAUUCAAGGUGGUGUUCUACCUGGAAAAUAUAAUUAUGUGCAUAUUUUUAAACCUGGGAUUCCUGCCCGCUUGGAUGUACAAGAAUCACAACCUAAUUAUGGGAUGGCAAUCACAACAGGAGAUGCGAUAAAGGGAACUUACUUCAGAAUACAUGUCAAUCAAUACAGCAUAAUAGAAACCAUUACUUGCUUUUCAAAGAAACCUAUUCCUGUUUCCAACUACAUAUGUUUAUUUGGACACCAUGAACGUCUUCUUAAUAACCUUUGUUCUCGCUGGAGGGAGGGACUUAUCUCAAAUCUCUAUAGCUUCUUUAAGGAACCUUGGGCCUUGGCCAUCUAUCAAGAUCGUUUUAAUGAUCUGAAGAAGGAACUACGUCAGAUCUUAGUAUCUACCCAGGAAGAAGAUACACCUUCAAUGCAAGAACUUGUCCGUCAAAUAGUAGAAGGUGAAAUUUCAUUACUUGAAAGACCAAAGACAUAUCUCAAACAAUCCUUUAAACAAAGUAUAUGCAAUAGCAUGGUACAAAAAAGCCUUCUCAAUUAUCUGAAUUAUAAUAAUUAUCAUCUACCAAUGUUUGCCUGGCCAGGAAUAGUUUAGGUAUGAAUGACUAAAUAUGACUAUUCUUGCAAUGAAUAUACAAUUCAGCAAAGUGUUUAGAAAUGACGUGUAAAUAAGCUCUAACUUUUUAUGAUUAACCAGUGAAUAAGAUAGAGCUUGCCAUUUAAGUAUAUGCUAUUUGUACAUGUUAAAUCAUUAAACAUAAAAACAAAACAAGCAAACCAUCCUCUUAGACAAGGGUAUAUAACCACGCGUGCAGAUAUAUUAAGACAAUAGAAUCAGCUAAAGUUCUAUUUAUCUGAUCCGAGGCCAGCAACUUCAAUAAUAAGGUAUGUCUCAGUGCUACAGACUCAAUGAUAAAGUAAAAUAAAGUAUGUCAUUUCAUCAAUCUGACUCUGCUUCUAAAUGUUGCUGCUUUUAAAUCCUGUAGCCUCCUGGGCAGUGCU